GGCAGAACAGAAGGGAGAGGACAGCAGGACACACACACACACACACACACACUCUCCCACACACACCUGCACCUGCUCACUUGAUUCACACUCAAAAACACGGACUGUAAAGGAUCAAUGCUCCAGCAUCUUGUUCACAUCAUGGUGACGUCUGCUGCCAUCCAGCUUUAAACUUUUGGAUUGAGCGGAUCAAAGAUCAGCUGUGACUUCUUCCUGUCUUUUAUUGUUACAUGGAGGGAAGGCAGUCGACUGAUUAGACAGUGGAGUCUCUCCUUUUCUCUCUCUCUCUCUCUCCCUCUCUCUCCCGUCAAGAGGAACUUGCAAACAUAUCGGAUUAUUUAAAGCCUGCGCUGCGCUCCUGAGACAGAUUUCUCUCUUUUUAUUCCUCUAAUCCAGCUCCGAGGCGCAAAACGCGCGGAAUGCGGCGGUAACAACGCGCAACUUUUGGAUCUAAAAGACGCAACGCCUGCCACCGAGGCACCGAGGAAUCAAAGAUUUAGAUCUCUGUUGGCUACCUGCAUGACUGUUACCAUGACAGCAUCUGGAGCCCAGCUCCUCCUGUUAGCCUUAUGUGUUUACAGAGGCUCAGGCCUGCAGCAGUCUGCGCCGCGGGUUCGCCUCUCCUUCAAAGAACUGAUGGACACGCGAGCGGCACGACCCUUCAGUUUCUCCUUCAACACCAGCGACUACCGCAUCCUCCUGAUGGAUCAGGACCAGGGCCGCCUUUACCUGGGCAGCCGCGAGUACCUGGUAGCCCUGGACAUGCAGAACGUCAACAAGGAGCCACUUAUAAUCCACUGGCCAGCGUCUGCUAAGAGAAAGGGAGAAUGUCAGAUGACGGGAAAGGGGAGACAGGGUGAAUGUGCCAACUUUGUGAGACUGAUAGAACCGUGGAACCGCACCCACCUCUACACCUGUGGAACCGGGGCGUACCAGCCUAUCUGCACUUUCAUCAACAGAGGCUGGAGGGCAGAGGACUACCUGUUUAGGCUGGUCCCUGGGUACGUGGAUUCAGGGAAGGGAAAAUGUUCCUAUGAUCCAACACAGGAGAACAUUGCAGUUCUAAUCGAUGGUAACUUGUACGCAGGCGUUCACAUCGACUUCAUGAGCACAGACGCGGCUCUGUUUAGGACCAUGGGAGGGAGAACGGUGAUCAGGACAGAGCAGUAUGACUCCAGGUGGCUCAACGAGCCCGUGUUUGUUCAGAUCCAGCAGAUCCCUGACAGUGCAGAAAAGAACGACGACAAACUCUACUUCUUCUUCCGUGAGAAGAGCCUAGACUCCAGCGGUGGGGCGAGUCCCACCGUGUUAGCCAGGGUUGGGAGAGUGUGUCUGAAUGAUGAAGGAGGGCAGAAGUCCCUGGUGAACCGCUGGACGACAUUCCUGAAGGCCCGUCUUAUCUGCUCCGUGAUAGGCGAGGAUGGCGUGGAGACGCGAUUUGAUGAACUACGGGAUGUGUUUAUUCAACGCACACAGGAUGAACGGAACCCGAUGGUGUAUGCACUCUUCACCACAGCGGGUUCUGUGUUCAAGGGCUCAGCUGUCUGCGUGUACUCAAUGGCCGACAUCCGCAACGUCUUCAACGGACCAUUCGCCCACAAACAUGGCCAUAAUUACCAAUGGACAGAGUACACUGGCAAGAUUCCAUACCCGCGGCCUGGAACGUGUCCGGGAGGAACCUUCACACCAGGCAUCCGCUCCUCCAAGAACUUCUCAGAUGAAGCCGUGGACUUCAUCCGGUCCCAUCCCCUCAUGUUCCAUCCAGUUUAUCCUAUCCAUCGCCGCCCCCUGGUGGUGAGAACGGGUGUGGACUACCGCUUCACUGCCAUGGUGGUGGAUCAGGUGGAUGCUGUCGAUGGACGCUACGAGGUGCUCUUCCUCGGCACAGACAGAGGCACUGUGCAGAAAGUCAUUGUUUUGCCAAAGGAUCCAAUCAGCAUGGAGGAACUCACACUAGAGGAAGUGGAGGUUUUUCGGACCAGGGCUCCUGUGAAAACAAUGAAGAUAUCUUCAAAAAGACAACAGCUGUACGUGUCAUCAGACGCGGGGCUGACGCAGGUGUCGCUGCACCGCUGUGGCGUGUACGGCCGGGCGUGCUCUGACUGCUGUCUCGCCCGGGACCCGUACUGUGCCUGGGACGGCGAGAGCUGCUCUGCCUUCACCCCGUCCACCAAAAGGAGGAGCAGACGACAGGAUGUGAAACACGGUGACCCGCUGAGGCAGUGCAGGGGCUUCAAUGCCAAAGUGGAGAAACGUCUCAGGGAAACCGUUCAGUUUGGAGUGGAGGGCAGCAGCACUUUCCUGGAGUGUCAGCCUCGCUCUCCACAGGCCACGGUCAAGUGGCUUUUCCAGAGGGAAGGAAAGAGAAAAGUGCUCAACCGUAUGGGAGGUGUUAUGAAGACCAAUCACGGCAUCCUUCUGAAAUCGCUGAACCAGUCAGACGCGGGCCUCUACCACUGCCUCGCCACGGAAAACAACUUUAAACACACGGUUGCCCGCGUGGCGCUGCGCAUCCUGGAUCGAGACAUUGUUUUAGCCCUCACUGCUCAAGAUGAGGACGAGGAGCCAAAAACCCGCCAGACGGGACACAGCCCACAGUCGUCCUUUGUCUCCACACCUUUCCCACCCGAGAUCAGACUGAUUAACCAGUACUGCCAGUCCUACUGGGAACAGCUUAGUCCCAAACAGCAGCAGCAGCGCAAGCGCACCAGCCGCAGGCACACAGAGAGCCAGGACCAAGGCCUUGGUUAGAGGAUGGGGACUGUGUGCCGUCCAACACUGGCCUGUCUGGACGUUAUGGUGGACUUUUAUGUUUGACAUGCAUGUUUGGUCGUUACCUCCAUCUAUCCGGGCAGGUGAUGCUCUCAUGCUGUCGUUAAAGAACCGUAUUUAUGGUUUUGCUUGUCAGUCUAAAUUAUGAUUGUGUAUAUUUGACAUUACAUUUGAAUUUAUUUUCAAAGAAUACCAUAUAAAUAUCUAGAUUCAGGUUACUCGUGGUAGGAAUUUGAUUCGACCUUUCGUGGCUCAGGCUCUAUUAUUGGUCCUCUAGGUCACUCCCAUGACGGUUUCUGCUGCCGAUGGUUAAAUGUCAGAUGUUGGAUGGUUUGUAAAAGCCCAACCAAGUACAGGUUUUCAAAAACACGACAGCUUUUUUCCCGGUUUACAAGUGUUACUAUAACAAAAGCUAAACAACAGCCCCCAGUGUUGAUCUUUUGCAUUCUUCUGUCAGUUUCGUCAUUGCUUUUGGAAAAUGUUUGACUGUGAUGUGAAGUAAACACAGCAAGUGGCCGACUGGGCUACAA